AUGAGACCUGCUGUAGGAUCUGCCAUCUCAUGGUGGCAAUACGCUGCCCUUGGGGUCCUGCUCCCCGGCUGGUUGGUAACGGCUAGCCCGGCUGUUAACGUGGCCCUUCAAGCCUCCUUUGACUCGGCCCCGUACCUCGUGGAGCUUCUGGAAUCCGCCGCCGAAGAAAACUCCACCUCCUACUUUCCUUUACUUGACCGCAUUGCUGACGGUGCAUUCGAGGAUGCUGGAACUGAAAAAGAGCUCUAUGACCGCUUCUUGCAGGUUGUCUCUGAUGAUGGCCAUCUUCGCACCCCCGAAGCCCUGUCGUCCUUUAAGCUGUCGCUUGCUGUUCGGUCGUCGGCUCCUCGGAUCGAAGCCCACUAUCAGUUCUAUAAUACUUCUGUCCAGCAGUCGCUGAUGGCUGCUCAGGAUGCAGCAUGUCCGGUCUGGGUUCAUUUUGACGGCAAGCAGUAUUGCUCUGCAGCCAUGGAGCGCCCACAGCAGGACGUCCUGGGUGAAAUGGAACCAAGGGAAUUGCCGUUUGAUCAAGUGCUGGGUGAUACAUCGCUCCCACCAGCCUUCCUCUACGCCGAUGUUUCUUCGCCCAUGUUCAAGGAUUUCCACGAGACAUUGAGCUACUUGGCAAAGCAGGGCCAGAUCUCGUACCGUGUGCGCUACCGCCCCCCUCAGCACUGGACGUCUCGUCCUUUGUUCGUGUCCGGAUAUGGGGUCGAGCUCGCACUCAAACGCACCGAUUAUAUCGUCAUUGAUGACCGAGAUGCGGAGCAACGCGAAGACAAGAAUGCCAAGGACCGCGCUCCCACCGACCCAGAGGAGCUGAAAGAGGAAGCUCCCGAUGACCUGCGCCCUCUUGCUGCUUCCGAAGUCACUAAGCUGGGCUUGAGCUCUGCGGGUUAUGUCAUGGAUAACGCGGACCCGCUGGACACUCUGGUCAAGCUGACGCAGAAUUUCCCCAAGUAUUCCUCAAUGGUGGCCGCGCACAAUGCAUCGGAGGAGUUGCAGGCGGAAAUUCGCGCCAAUCGUGGGAGGAAGCUUCCCCCGGGUUACAAUGGGAUGUGGGUCAACGGUCUCCAGAUCGAUUCUCGGGAGACCGAUGCUUUCUCUCUCUUGGACCUCUUGCGUCGGGAGAGAAAGCUUAUCGAAAAGUUCCGGGGCCUGGGUAUCUCUGCCCAGGAAGCUGUGAAGAUUCUAUCGCACCAGAUCAUUGGCGAGGCUCGGAUCCAGGAGGACUCGCAGCGCUUUGACUACCGCGAUCACCUGGAAGGUGGCCAGGUCAUUAUCUGGCUGAAUGAUAUAGAGAAUGACCCUGUGUAUGAGUCGUGGUCUAGUGACCUUGAGAGGUUUUCCUUCGCCUUUCCGGGACAGUUGCCUCCAGUGAAACGGGAUCUGCAUAAUGUCAUCGUGCCUGUUGAUUUGUCCAAACCCGAGGAUAUGAUGGUGGUGUCUCGACAGAUCUAUACUAUCAUCCAGCGAAUGAUCCCUGUGAGAUUCGGCUUGGUACCCACCACCUCAUCGCCCGAGUCCAUUGCACAACUCAAAGUUGCGCACUAUCUCCAUGAGACCUAUGGACUAGCAUCGCUUGUGCAAUAUUUGCAAGAGGCUGCUUCAAGUUCCAAGUCUUCACUCCCCGAUAAAUCUGGUUUCCUCUCUGCGACAAACGAGCGGGAGCCCCUUACCGAUAAGGAAGCCAUUCCUCUGGAAGAAGUGCUGAAGAGUGAAAAAUACCAUGCGCGGGUUCCCACUACAACUGCUUACCAACGCCGGUUAAGUCUCACCGGCGAAACACCCCAUUCCUUGGUCAAUGGCGUUCCCGUUGCCCGUGGGGACUCCUGGAUCCAAGAUCUGAGCAUGCAAAUCGGCAGCGACUUGAAAUUGGUUCAGCACGGCAUCGCAGAAAAUCUCUUCGAGGAGGAUGCCUGGCUUCCCGAAUUCUUCCUGGCUGGUGCUUUCGAGAGGCACAACACCCUCAUCAUGCCCGAAGACCCCUCGAACGUCCGCAUAGUCGAUCUCGCUAGUGUCUUUGGGUCUGAUGACAUCCUGAACAAUAUUCCUCGGGUUGCAUCGGACCAGAGCGUUUUGGAUAGCGCCCAUGUGAUAGUGGUGGGCGACUUUGAGACAGAGGAGGGACUCAAAUUGCUCUCCGAUGCUCUCGCCUUGCGCAAGGAGCACGGCGAGGUCGAUCUUCUUUUCCUGCAUAAUCCUUCUGCCUCAGAUGAUGGCAGACGUCCCUCGGAGCAUCUUGUUGGGAUCCAUCGUUCACUCCUGAAGGGCGAGGAUAUUGAUCAGAUUUUGGCUCAUAUCGGCGCCGCCGAUAACAACGGGGACCAGGUCUCAGAAGAGGAGAUUCAAGAGCUCUCAACAAUUCAGGAGCUGCAACAGCGACUCGCUGCACAGCUUGGAUUUGGGCCUGGUGUCGAAGGUCUUGUUGCGAACGGCAGAGCCGUCGGCCCUAUUGAAAAGGACUCUACCUUGAGCGUGGAGGAUCUGAAUCAGCUUGUCGCUUACGAACGCAUCAAACGCAUCGAUGUUGCUGCCCUGGUUGUCAAGAACCUCGGACUAGAGUCCAAGCUCUCCAAGCCUCUGGAUCUCGCGAAGCUCAGUUCGCUUGUUGCGCUUUCGAUGAUUUCCGACGUCCCCGAGGGUAUUUUUGACAAUACCCCCGACUACAGAAUCGAUGUGUCUGAAAGGUGGCACACAAAGCACUCCGUGAUUACCGUCUCCAACUCCGAGGACCCAGCAAUUAACGUCGUUGCCAUUCUCGACCCGGCGUCCGAAAUCGCCCAGAAGUGGCUGCCAGUUCUCAAGGUUAUGUCUGAACUGGCAGGCGUGCAGCUGAAGAUUCUCUUGAACCCCAAGGAGGCAAUCAAGGAACUGCCCAUCAAGAGAUUCUACCGCUAUGUGCUUGAAUCAGAGCCAUCGUUCAAUGGCGAUGGGUCCCUGUCACGGCCCCAGGCCUCGUUCUCCGGCGUCCCCGUUGAGGCACUCCUCACUCUGGGCAUGGACGUGCCCUCGCCAUGGCUCGUAGCGCCGAAGGAGUCGGUCCAUGAUCUCGACAAUAUCAAGCUAAACUCUCUGAAGACGGAAUCCAAUGUUGACGCCAUCUACGCGCUCGAGCACAUUCUGAUUGAGGGUCACUCGCGUGAUGUGACAACUAAAGGGCCCCCGCGAGGCGUGCAGCUGGUCCUGGGUACCGAGAACCACCCCGAAUACGCGGAUACCAUCAUCAUGGCCAACAUCGGCUACUUCCAGUUUAAGGCGCAGCCGGGUCUGUGGCAGAUCAACCUCAAGCCUGGCAGUAGCGAGAAGGUUUUCAAUAUCGACAGUGUUGGCGGUCUUGGGUAUCAGCCGCAGCCUGGCGACGACAAUGCAGAGGUCGCUCUGCUGUCGUUCCAGGGCCGCACUCUUUUCCCGCGUCUCUCCCGGAAACCCGGCCACGAGGAGGAUGAUGUGCUUGAGGAAGGACCGGAACGUGGUACAACCAUGGACUACGUUUCAAAGGGACUGAACUUUGCCUCGGGUGUGCUCUCCAGCGUGGGACUCAACACCAAGGCAGGAGGCGAGCAGCACGCAGACAUCAACAUCUUCUCCGUCGCCAGUGGGCACCUCUACGAGCGCAUGCUGAACAUCAUGAUGGUGUCCGUGAUGCGGCACACAAAGCACACCGUCAAGUUCUGGUUCAUCGAGCAAUUCCUCUCGCCAUCCUUCCGCGCCUUCUUGCCCCAACUCGCUGCCGAAUACGGCUUCUCAUACGAGAUGGUCACCUACAAGUGGCCGCACUGGCUGCGCUCCCAGCGCGAGAAGCAGCGCGAGAUCUGGGGAUACAAGAUCCUCUUCCUGGACGUGCUCUUCCCACUCUCCCUGGACAAGGUGAUCUUCGUCGACGCCGACCAGAUCGUCCGCACAGACCUGUACGACCUGGUCACGCACGACCUCGAAGGCGCGCCCUACGGCUUCACACCCAUGGGCGACUCGCGCGUCGAAAUGGAGGGCUUCCGCUUCUGGAAACAGGGCUACUGGAAAGACUUCCUGCGCGGCCACCCCUACCACAUCUCCGCGCUAUAUGUCGUCGACCUCACGCGCUUCCGCGCCCUCGCUGCGGGUGACCGCCUCCGGGGCCAGUACCAGAUGCUCUCUGCCGACCCCCACAGCCUCAGCAACCUCGAUCAGGAUCUGCCCAACCAUAUGCAGCACAACAUCCCCAUCCACAGUCUGCCGCAGGAGUGGCUGUGGUGCGAGACCUGGUGUGCUGAUGCGGAUCUUGCCUCCGCGCGCACUAUCGAUCUCUGUAAUAACCCGCAGACGAAGGAGCCGAAGCUCGCUCGGGCUCGUCGCCAGGUCCCCGAAUGGACUGUUUAUGAUGAUGAGAUUGCGGCUUUGGCGAAGCGUGUGGCUCGUGAGCAGGAGGUGCGCUUUGUGCAGUCUGGGGAGGAUCCUGAGGGUCAGGGUGAAGAGGUUCAGGAACCUGUUACGGAGACGGAAGAGAAGGAAGAGACGCAGGAGACGGAGCAUGACCGCAAAGAUGAGCUAUAG